GAGAGGCUGAUUUGGUACAAGUACAUGUAGACUCUUUGAUAGAUGCAGGUAUACAAGCAUCAGAUAUAGCUGUUAUCGCACCAUAUAACCUACAGGUGGAUUUAUUGCGUCUCAGAUUGUCUAAUAAGUAUCCAAAUCUAGAGAUUAAAAGUGUUGAUGGAUUUCAAGGAAGAGAAAAAGAAGCUGUGGUUAUUUCCUUGGUUAGGUCAAAUGAUAAAGGAGAAGUAGGUUUCCUUGCUGAAGACAGGCGUAUCAAUGUGGCAAUUACUCGGGCCAGAAGACACUUAGCUGUAAUUUGUGACUCAGAGACUGUCAGUCAUCAUGAAUUCCUCAAGAGUUUGGUUGAUUACAUGAUGGAAAAUGGAGACGUGAGAACUGCAUACCAAUAUAUAGAAAAAGGCCAAGUUGGUAGUCGGUUUUAUCAACCAAAAAUUCAAUUUCCCAAAACUAAAGAAAAGAGAAAACAGUCUGAUGACAGACAGGCAAGACCAAAUGAAAGAAAAUGUGAACAAAGGAAACAGAUUUCAGAGAAACAGACCAAUGUGACUGCCGAGAGGGAGUCUACAAUUCAGCGUGAGAUUGAUGAUUUUCUGCACAAUUUAAAAGAGUCUGAGUUAUCUUUCCCCAACACCUUGAAUUCUUAUGAAAGAUUCAUUGUACACGAGGUUGCAGAAAAACUUGGACUGUUCCAUUGCAGCAGAGGAGAAGGAUCGGAACGGUAUAUAAUGAUCUCAAAAUCGCAUCUUUCCAAAGAUGAUAACAGUGCUAAUGUUAAUGAGAAUGAGGUGCAGAUGAAUCAUUUACUUGUGGAGGAGAAAGAUGCAAAGGAGAAGAAAGAUAGGAAAGAAAAUCAUCAAGAGAGGGAACAAAACGGUUCAAACAAAGAUGCACAGAGAAAUGAGAACAAAUCUAAGAAGCCAACACUGGAUCUGUCACCGGAUUUAUUUCGAUGUCAAAUGUGCAAGAACAUGAUUCCGAAAAUCAACCGGCUUUUACAUGAGAUUAAUUGUGAACGUAAAUACGAGUUAUCAACUCGUACAUCAGUAUUGGAGUCAGCAAACAAAAUGACGAGAAAAAAAAAGAAACCGAUCGAGAGUAAAAGGGAUAUCGAAGAUGAGGACUUUGAUUCAAUGAUUGCGAGAGUUGUCAAAGCCGACAACACUUGUACAUUUGUGUCAUGUAAAACACCUAUUAGGACGCUAGGUCAGACAUGUGUAUUCUGCAUGAACAAAUUCUGUCUUUCUCAUUCAUUGCCUGAGAUUCAUGGAUGCAGCCAUCAGGCUAAAAAACAUGCUAAACAAAAACUGAUGAAACAACAAAGUCAACCGAGUGCACAGGUUACCCGUGAGAAACCGUUAGAUUCUGCAAAAAGAGCAAAUUUGCAGAGGAAGAUGGAUAAAAAGCUGAAUGAACUUUCUGAUAAAAGACGAGCAAAGCCAAGCAAGAAAUAAAUUGAGUGUAGUGUGAAAGUUCCAAUAAACUUGCAAUAU